GGUGAAAUCAACUGGGAUUGUCCAUGUUUAGGUGGUAUGGCUAAUGGUCCAUGUGGUGAAGAGUUCAAAGAAGCCUUCAGUUGUUUUAUCUAUUCAGAAGCUGAUCCAAAAGGUUUUGAUUGUAUUGAGAAAUUCAAAAAUAUGCAAACAUGUUUUAGAAAAUAUCCAGAUAUCUACAGUGAA